GCUCCUCCAGGAACCAUUAUGUCUCGCCAGUCCAGUGUGUCCUUCCGCAGCGGGGGCAGCCGCUCUUUCAGCGCCUCCUCUGCCAUCACCCCAUCUGUCUCUCGUACGAGUUUCAGCUCGGUGUCCCGCAGUGGUGGUGGUGGUGGUGGCAGGAUCAGCCUUGGGGGUGCUUGUGGAGCCGGGGGCUAUGGCAGCCGGAGCCUGUACAAUGUGGGGGGCUCCAAAAGGAUAUCCUUCAGCUCUGGCGGAGGCAGCUUCAGGAACCAAUUUGGUGCCGGUGGCUUUGGCUUUGGAGGAGGAGCCGGCAGUGGAUUUGGUUUUGGUGGUGGAGCUGGUAGUGGCUUUGGCUUCGGUGGUGGAGCUGGCUUUGGUGGUGGCUAUGGGGGAGCUGGCUUCCCAGUGUGCCCCCCUGGAGGCAUCCAAGAGGUCACCGUCAACCAGAACCUCCUCACCCCUCUGAACCUGCAAAUCGACCCCACCAUCCAGCGGGUCAGGACUGAGGAGAGGGAGCAGAUCAAGACCCUCAACAACAAGUUUGCCUCCUUCAUCGACAAGGUGCGGUUCUUGGAGCAGCAGAACAAGGUCCUGGACACCAAGUGGGCCCUGCUGCAGGAGCAGGGCACCAAGACCAUAAAGCAGAACCUGGAUCCGUUGUUUGAACAGUACAUUAACAACCUCCGCAGACAGCUGGAUGGGGUCCUGGGGGAGAGGGGUCGCCUGGACUCAGAACUGAGGAACAUGCAGGACCUGGUGGAGGACUACAAGAACAAGUAUGAGGAUGAGAUCAACAAGCGUACCACGGCUGAGAAUGAGUUUGUGAUGUUGAAGAAGGAUGUGGAUGCUGCCUACAUGAACAAGGUGGAGCUGGAGGCCAGGGUCGAUGCCUUGAUGGAUGAGAUCAACUUUAUUAAGAUGUUCUUUGAUGCGGAGCUGUCCCAGAUGCAGACACACGUCUCUGACACCUCUGUAGUCCUCUCCAUGGACAACAACCGCAGCCUGGACCUGGACAGCAUCAUUGCUGAGGUCAAGGCCCAGUAUGAGGACAUUGCCAAUCGCAGCCGAACAGAGGCCGAGUCCUGGUACCAGACCAAGUAUGAGGAGCUGCAACAGACAGCUGGCCGCCAUGGCGAUGACCUGCGAAACACCAAGCACGAGAUCUCUGAGAUGAACCGGAUGAUCCAGAGGCUGAGAUCUGAGAUCGACAACGUCAAGAAGCAGUGUGCCAACCUCCAGAACGCCAUUGCUGAAGCUGAGCAGCGUGGGGAGCUGGCUCUCAAAGAUGCCAGAAACAAGCUGACAGAGCUGGAGGAGGCCCUGCAGAAGGCCAAACAGGACAUGGCCAGGCUGCUGCGAGAGUAUCAGGAGCUCAUGAACACCAAGCUGGCCCUGGAUGUGGAGAUCGCCACCUACAGGAAGCUGCUGGAGGGCGAGGAGUGCAGGCUGAGUGGGGAAGGAGUUGGACCAGUCAACAUCUCUGUUGUCACAAACAGUGUCUCUUCUGGCUACGGAGGAGGCAGCAGUAUUGGUGUUGGCAGUGGCUUUGGUGGUGGCCUUGGCAGCGGCUUUGCUGGUGGUCUUGGCCCACGCUUCACCAGGGGCGGUGGGGGUCUUGGUUUGGGUAGUGGGCUAAGUGUGGGGGGCUCUGGCUUCAGUGCAGGCAGCAGUCAAGGAAGCAUGAGCUUCGGCAGUGGUGGCGGCAGCGGCUCCAGUGUCAAAUUUGUCUCCACCACCUCCUCCUCCCGGAGGAGCUUCAAGAGCUGAGAAGAGCCUGCUGCAAGGCCCUGGCCCUCACGGGC